UAACUAUUCUCAAUUGGUACUGAAUCAGCAUGAUGAAGAAGAUCACUCUCUCUCAAUUUCUCUUCCUUUUAGUCCUUCUAAUAUGCUUCACAUCCCUUGCCUUUGGUCAAAAUACCACUCACCCAGAUGAAGUGGAAGCUCUGAAAGAUAUAGGCAACACCCUUGGAAAUAUGAAUUGGGACACAAAUAUAGAUCCAUGCAGUAAUAAGCCUCCCUGGAAUGUAACUCCGGACGGUGAUAAUGCCAACACUCUCCAAUGCAAUUGCACUAUCGCCGGUGACAACUUCUGCCAUGUUGUUUCAAUAUUGCUGAAGACACAAAAUCUUAGAGGCACUCUCCCACCUGAAUUGAUAAGGCUACCUUACCUUGAAGAAAUUGACCUCACUCGCAAUUAUCUUAAUGGCACAAUACCUGUUGCAUGGGGCUCCUCCAAACUUCGCAAAAUUUCUCUUCUUGCAAAUCGACUUACUGGUCCCAUCCCAAAAGAGAUUGGAAACAUCACAACCCUCGAAAGUUUGGUCCUUGAAUUCAAUCAAUUCACUGGAAAUAUUACAUCGGAUCUUGGAAACCUUUCUCACCUUCAAAGAUUGUAUCUUACUUCUAACAACUUCACUGGAGAACUUCCUGAAACCUUGGCUAAGCUUACAUCAUUGAGAGAGCUCCGUCUUAAUGACAAUAACUUCUCUGGGAGGAUACCCAGUUUUAUUCAAAGAUGGACAAAUCUUACAAUAUUAGAAAUUCAAGGUAGUGGUUUAAGUGGGCCAAUUCCUUCUGAAAUUUCAUUUCUGCAAAACUUAAAUGAUUUGAGAAUUACUGACUUGAUUAAUGGAUCGAAUUCCACUUUCCCACAAAUUAAUAAUAUAACAAAGUUGGAAACACUAGACCUAAGCUUUAAUAGGUUAAGCGGAGAGAUUCCAGAGACAUUUGAAAACCUAUUAUCAAAACCCACAUACGUAUAUCUCACUGGAAAUCUACUUAAUGGAACACUACCUACGUGGGUAGCUAAUGGAGUUAAAUCUAAUAACAAUGCAAAAUCAAUAGAUCUUUCAUACAACAACUUCACCUAUAAAAACUCCGAAUGCCAAGAUUCUGAAGGCAAAAUGAACUUGUUUGAAAGCUUCCCAAAGAGCGAAAGGGGAGCUGUUACUUGUCUGAUUAGUGGAGACUGUGCGAGAACCUUAGACCGUUUCCAUAUAAAUUGUGGUGGUGGACAAGAGACAAGCAGUGAGGGUAUAGUGUAUGAUGAUGACUUGGAUUCAUCAGGGGCAGCAACAUCUAAAAAGCUCAAAGAAAACUGGGCAUUUAGCAAUACUGGUCAUUUCUUGGGUGGUGAUAAUAAAGAAGCCUAUAUCCAGCAAAGUCAAAAUACGCUUUCUAUGACUGAUUCUGCAUUGUAUAGGACUGCACGUGUAUCUCCCAUUUCCUUGACUUAUUACGGAAUGUGUCUGAAAAAUGGAGAGUACACAGUAUCACUGCAUUUUGCAGAGAUCAUGUUCACUGAUGAUAACACAUAUAGCAGUCUUGGAAGACGUAUAUUUGAUGUUUACAUUCAGGAAAAGCUAGAAUUGAAGGAUUUCAAUAUUGCAAAUGAAGCAGGAGGAGUUGGGAAGAACAUCACAAAAAGAAUUUCAACUACUGUUAGUAAUGGAACUUUAAAGAUUCGAUUUUAUUGGGCUGGAAAAGGAACAACUGCUAUCCCAUAUAGAUCAGUAUAUGGGCCUCUUAUAUCAGCUAUAUCUGCCACUCGUGUAACAGAUUCAGGUGGCAUGGCUGUAGGGGUUGCAAUUGCGAUAGCAGUUUCUGCAAUAAUAUUUGUCAUUCUUGUUGUACUUGCUUGGAGACUUCAUAUUAGGAAAAAAAAUUCAUUAGCAAAAGAGUUAAAGCAUUUAAAUUUGCAAGUGGGUUUGUUUACUAUGCGUCAAAUAAAAGUUGCAACGAAUAACUUUGAUAUUGCUAACAAGAUUGGAGAAGGAGGCUUUGGUCCUGUCUACAAGGGUACUUUAUCGGAUGGCACAACAAUAGCAGUUAAAAUGCUUUCAUCAAAGUCUAAGCAAGGGAACCGUGAGUUUAUAAAUGAGAUAGGGUUGAUUUCUGCUUUGCAACACCCUUGUCUUGUCAAACUUUACGGUUGUUGUGUUGAGGGAAAUCAGUUGUUGCUGGUUUACGAAUAUCUGGAAAACAAUAGUCUUGCACAUGCUUUAUUUAGAAAUGAAGAAUCUUGUUUGCGAUUGGAUUGGCCAACCAGGUAUAAGAUUUGUGUUGGUAUUGCAAGAGGUUUGGCUUUUCUACAUGAAGAAUCAAGAUUAAAAGUUGUUCACAGAGACAUAAAGGCUACUAAUGUGUUGUUAGACAAAGAUCUAAACCCUAAGAUAUCUGAUUUUGGUCUUGCAAAGCUUGAUGAUGAAGACAACACUCACAUAAGCACAAGAAUAGCUGGGACUUAUGGAUAUAUGGCACCAGAAUAUGCAAUGCAUGGUUAUUUAACUGAUAAAGCAGAUGUCUAUAGUUAUGGAGUGGUUGCCUUGGAAAUUGUAACUGGAAAGAGUAAUACCAUCCCGAGACCCAAACAAGAAGCAUUGCAUCUUUUAGAUUGGGCACAUAUAUUGAAAAAGAAAGGGAAUCUGAUGGAGCUUAUUGAUAGAAGAUUAGGAACAAAUUUCAAUGAAAAAGAGGCUAUGAUGAUGAUAAAAGUGGGUCUUCUGUGCACAAAUGCCACUGCAAACCUAAGGCCUACCAUGUCAUCAGUUCUUAGCAUGCUUGAAGGAAAAACUGUGAUUCCAGAAUUUGUUUCAGAUUCAUCUGAAGUAAUGGAUGAAAAGAAGCAAGAGGCUAUGAGACAAUAUUACUCUCAAAUGGAAGAAAAUGAGAGCAAUGAAACACAUAGAAAUGAUAGUUCAUCAAAAGAUGGGCCAUGGACUGCUUCGUCUUCAUCAGCUGCAGAUUUGUAUCCUGUUCAUAUUGAUUCUUCUUAUUGGGAGAAAAGAAAUUAGGAGGACUUUUUUUUUCGUUCACACUAUUUUUACACCAAAUUUUCCUGUGAUUGUGAUACUAUAAACUAUCAGAUUACACUUACUAAUAAUUGUGAAUGUAUGACAUUUUUU